CCAGACUCGUCUUUCCUUCCAUCAUCUCCAGGCUUUUCUGAUCCUGUCAGCUCUUCCUACUUCUCGUGUGUUUUCCUCCUUGCCGAAACUUUCUACAACCCCACGAUCGCAUAUCUGUGGCUUCUGAGUGAGGUCACAAUCCCUUCACCAUGGUCCAAAUCAGUGAAGUGAAGGGCAACUCGCGCGAGAACAGAACCGCGGCCCACACGCAUAUCAAGGGUCUUGGUCUACGACAAGAUGGCACUGCGGAGGCGUCAGGAGAUGGUUUCGUUGGACAGGCAACUGCUCGUGAGGCAUGCGGUGUUGUUGUUGAUUUGAUCAAGGCGAAGAAGAUGGCCGGUCGUGCCGUCCUCCUGGCCGGUGGACCCGGAACUGGAAAGACUGCUCUGGCCCUCGCCGUGUCGCAGGAGCUGGGAACCAAAGUCCCCUUCUGUCCGAUCGUUGGUAGUGAGAUCUACUCUGCUGAGGUCAAGAAAACAGAGGCACUCAUGGAGAACUUCCGGAGGGCAAUUGGUCUCCGUGUUCGCGAAACGAAGGAAGUAUACGAAGGUGAAGUCACGGAACUUACACCCGAAGAGACGGAGAACCCUCUGGGAGGAUACGGACGCACGAUCAGCCAUCUGAUCAUCGGCCUAAAAUCUGCCAAGGGCACCAAGAAGCUGCGCCUGGACCCCAGCAUCUACGAAGCUAUCCAAAAGGAGCGGGUCACCGUGGGAGACGUCAUCUACAUUGAAGCGAAUACCGGAGCCUGCAAGCGUGUCGGACGGUCCGAUGCCUACGCCACCGAGUUCGAUCUUGAAGCAGAGGAAUACGUGCCCGUACCGAAGGGAGAGGUUCACAAGAAGAAGGAAAUCGUCCAGGAUGUGACGCUGCACGAUCUGGACAUGGCCAAUGCGCGGCCCCAGGGUGGACAGGAUGUGAUGAGCAUGAUGGGACAGCUCAUGAAGCCCAAGAAGACCGAAAUCACGGAGAAGUUGCGCCAGGAGAUCAACAAGGUCGUCAACCGCUACAUUGACCAGGGCGUUGCGGAGCUCGUUCCCGGUGUCCUCUUCAUCGACGAGGUUCACAUGCUCGAUAUCGAAUGCUUCACAUACCUCAACCGGGCCCUCGAGUCCUCCAUCUCCCCCAUUGUCAUCCUUGCCUCUAACCGCGGCAACACGGUCAUCCGCGGCACCGACGACAUCUCCGCCGCCCACGGCAUCCCUCCCGACCUUCUCGCUCGUCUCCUCAUCAUCCCCACCCACCCUUACUCUCCCGAUGAGAUCAAGACCAUCAUUCGUCUGCGCGCCAAGACGGAAGGCCUCAACAUCACCGACCCCGCCCUGGAGAAGGUCGCCGAGCACGGCAGCAAGGUCAGCUUGCGGUAUGCUCUGCAAUUACUCACCCCGGCUAGUAUCCUUGCCAAGGUGAAUGGACGCCCAGGAGGUAUCGAGGAAGCCGACGUGGCAGAGUGCGAAGACCUGUUCCUUGAUGCGCGGAGGAGCGCCACGAUCGUGAACCAGGAUAGUGAGAAGUACCUCAAAUAAGCGGGACGUGGCAUACUACUUGGCUGGAUUUUUGGGGAGCAGGCAAGACGGGGUGUGAAGAGAAAGCGAACGAAAGAAACAAACAAACAAACACAUACAAGAAAGCAAUAUGUAUACCAUGUCUGCAGGUCUUAUUAUUAUUUCCUAACUAAACCGGGAAGAGCGAUUGCUUCUCCUAUGAAUGAGCUAUUUUACGUUAAUGUCAACUACUAGUAUUAGGAUUC